AUGUCUCUUCCUGAAUGUCAGUGGGCUCAAGUGGCCGAGGAGGUCGGAGGUCCGCUUGUAUACAAGCAGAUACCAGUUCCCAAACCGGGCCCCGACCAGAUCUUGGUCAGGAUCCUCUAUUCUGGCGUUUGCCAUACCGAUUUGCAUGCCAUGAUGGGUCACUGGCCCCUCCCCGUCAAAAUGCCUCUUGUCGGUGGACACGAAGGCGCAGGGGUGGUCGUGGCCAAGGGCUCUCUGGUCCAUGAAUUCGAGAUCGGCGACCACGCUGGUGUCAAGUGGCUCAACGGGUCGUGCUUGGACUGCGAAUUCUGCAGGCAAUCUCACGAACCCCUAUGUGCUGAUGCAGAGCUUUCUGGGUAUACCGUAGAUGGUACCUUCCAGCAAUAUACCCUUGCCAAGGCUGCUCAUGCCUCGAAGAUUCCAAAGAAUGUUCCCCUGGACGCAGUCGCACCGGUGCUUUGCGCUGGUAUUACUGUUUACAAGGGCUUGAAGGAAUCUGGAGCUCGACCUGGCGAGACAGUUGCCAUUGUUGGAGCAGGUGGUGGCUUGGGAUCCCUUGCCCAGCAAUAUGCGAAAGCCAUGGGGCUCAGAGUAGUGGCUGUAGAUGGGGGUGAUGAAAAGAGGACCAUGUGUGAGCAGCUUGGUGCCGAGGCCUAUGUGGAUUUUACCAAGUCCAAAGAUGUGGUAGCCGACGUCAAAGCAGCGACUCCUGGCUGCCUUGGAGCUCACGCAGUUAUACUACUGGCUGUCUCGGAGAAGCCUUUCCAACAGGCCGCCGAAUAUGUUCGUUCGCAUGGAACAAUUGUUGCCAUUGGAUUGCCUCCGGAUGCGUAUCUAAAGGCGCCUGUUUUCAACGCCGUCGUUCGUAUGAUCACUAUUAAGGGCAGUUACGUUGGAAACCGCCAGGAUGGUGUGGAAGCUUUGGACUUCUUUGCUCGAGGCUUGAUCAAAGCCCCGUUCAAGGUAGCUCCCCUGGCGGAUCUUCCGAAAAUCUACCAUCUCAUGGAAAAGGGACAGAUUGCUGGGCGCUAUGUGCUUAAGAUGCCAGAGUAA